AUGACCAACUCAAAGGGUCUCAGGCGCGGAACGCGCUACAUGUUCGCUCGCAAUUUCCGAAAGCAUGGUAUUGAACAUUUGUCCACUUACUAUCGUAUUUACAAGCGAGGAGAUAUCGUCGACAUCAAGGCUAACGGUGCUUUCCAAAAGGGUAUGCCCUUCAAAGCGUACCAUGGCAAGACCGGAACAGUAUUCAACGUGACGAAGAGUGCCGUCGGAGUGAUUGUCAACAAGCGUGUUCGUGGCCGAAUCAUUCCCAAACGUAUCAACAUCCGAGUGGAGCACGUGAAGCCGUCGACGUGUCGACAAGACUUCUUGAACCGUGUCAAGGCUAAUGACGAGAAGAAAAAGGCAGCCAAAGCUGCUGGUGAGCCACUUCCAGUCCUGAAACGCCUUCCUGUCGGACCUCGGCCAGGUCAUCUCGUUAGCACCAAGAACAACGAGCCUGAGCUUCUCGCUCCUCUUCGAUAUGAGAUUGUUGCUUAA